UGCAGUUGCCAUUUUUCUACUUUCUCUCUUUUCCGUGGAAGCCAUAGCCAUAGGCGAGAGGUUCAAAGCUAGACUGGAGGUGAAAGACGACUACUGGGAUAUGGCCGAUUCUCGAGUGGAGACCAUCUCUCGCCUUGCCCAAUGGAGGAUCGAGAACUUCGGCCCUUGCUCUUACAAGAAAUCCGACCUUUUCAAGGUCGGUCUUUGGAACUGGCAUUUAUCGGUGGAGAAGAAUCGGUACAUGUACAUUCGUCUGUUUCCGGAGCCUUCUCGGGUAUCGAAAGAACACCCUCCGAUUGCUCGAUUUGUUCUCAGAGUCUCCAACACCGGAAGUGGUCGCAAACUCUACAUUUCUCCCGUUCACGAGAGGCUGCUUCGAACUUCUGAAGACUUUGUCUGGCCCGUCGAUUCCAACUUUGUUGGUCGAUUUAUCAUUGAUGUUGAGUUUCUGGAUCUGAAGACAUGCUCUGUAAAUGGUGGGGAAGCUAGUUCUAUAUGGCCUAUUGAUGGAGCAAUGCAGUCUAUAUCAACCAAGAGCACUCUUAGAUGCCUCUCUAGGAUGCUUGAUGAGUCGAUCCACGCUGAUGUCACCAUCCACUGUGCGGGUGGCACUCUAAGAGCUCACAAGGCAAUUUUGUCCGCGAGUUCUCCUGUGUUCCAGAGCAUGUUCCACCACAAUCUCAUGGAGAAAGAGUCCUCAACGAUCCACAUAGAAGACAUGUCAGUGGAUUCUUGCAUGGCCCUUCUCAGCCACAUGUAUGGCACCAUUAAACAAGAGGAUUUCUGGGAGCACCGAUUGGCGCUUCUCGGCGCAGCAAACAAGUAUGACAUUGCGGAUCUAAAAGAUGCUUGCGAGGAGAGCCUCAUGGAGGACAUCAAUUCGGGCAAUGUCCUGAAGAGGCUUGAGGACGCGUGGCUGUACCAGCUGAACAAGCUGAAGAAAGGAUGUUUGAUGUACUUGUUUGAAUUCAGCAAGAUAUACGAUGUUAGAGAGGAACUGAACGAAUUUGUUAGGCGGGCAGACAGGGAGCUUAUGAUGGAGAUGUUUCAAGAGGUGCUCACAGUUUGGAAGCCUGUUUAAGUUGCAAAUGGAGUUUCUAUGGUCAUUUACAAGGAUACAAGAAUGUAUAUAUAACUACUCACGACUUGUUUAAGGUUUGACAUGUCAGGAACUGAUGUGUGAAUGGUAAAAAGUACAUAUCGCUUGUAAUUGAAAUAAGUUUUAGGUUCAAGAGUCCUGUGUUUGAUGCUGAACGAACUUGCUAGCUUUUUGUAAUUGAGUAUCCAGUUCAUAUCCAUU